AUGUACGUGGGGCUGUAUGCAAUCCUCUUCUGGAUGCGGCCGCGCGCGGCUACUGCGACGACGAACUUCACGGUUCCUUCGACAUGGCAGGGUACCGAUUCGAACAUGAGCCGCAGCGCGCGUGAAGGACUCGCGAACAGUGCAGCUGCAGCCCUCGUGUCUCUGGCCAACCCUAGCAGUGAGAGCCCAUAUUACAAUUGGAUUGAGAAUCAUGCUAGUGCAUUCGCCGUUCUCUCUCUACAGGACUACUACAGUGGCAACACAACAUGGGCCGACGUCGUUACAAACGGCAUCCAGGCCUUCAACAAGCAGUACGGCCUCUACGGCAACCCUCAGUUCGCUAGCGACGCUAUCUACUGGGGGCUUGUCUUCUUCUACGCGUACAGGACCUACCAGCAAGACGUGCUGCUUGACCUCGCAAUAUCUGCAUACGAGACGACAUACGACGCUACCUUUAUCACCGAGGCUGCGGCCGCUAGUGACACUGGUGCUGGGCGGGAUGUAUCCUUUGCUGGUUGCACCGACGCAACCGUGGCCGGUGGCGUGUUUUAUCUCGUGGGCAACCGCACAGACACCUACGUAAACGGGGAGUCGGUCUCGCCGUUCUUGACCCUCUCCGCGUACUUGUACGAACAUACCAAGAAUGCAACGUACGCUCAAGCGGCUCGGCUAUCUUUGGACUUCGUCCUCAAUCAUAUGUGGAAUGGGACCAUCGUCUACGAUGCAUUCGACACACACGCCUGUGCAGUGAAUGAUCCUAUAGGCCUCUUGACAUCAGAUCAAGGCUGGUUCAUCGAGGGCUUAUCUGUAUGGGCGAACAUCACGAACAAUCAGACGUUGACGAACAUCUUGGAAGCAAUCGUGUCAAACGCUACAACACGUUCUGACUGGUCUCUGCCGAACGGUGUCAUAGUCGAGUCACCCGGGCCUAACAACGACCACGUAACGCUCAAAGGGAUCUUCAUCCGCGCACUUGCAGAAGCCCGCGCGCGCAAUCCCAGCACUGAUCUCGCACAGUACAUCGAAGCGUAUGCCUUAGUUCAGUUCAACUCUAUUCUAGAGAACGCUCGAUCGCCAGCACCGAAUGACAGCUUUUACAGCAUAACAUGGUUCGGUCAACCUUACCAAUUACCCAGCGCGAUCGCGAACAUAGCGGCCAUAGACGUUCUUAAUACCGCCUUCAGCUUUGUUGCACCGUCUAACUCAUCUGCUGGAAACGCGACCUCUACUGUCAGUGCAGAGCCGAGUGCGACAAGCACAAGUGGUCCUUCCCAACACUCAGAUCAUUCGCAAGCGGGGUCAAUCGCCGGUGGCGUUGUGGGGGGUGUCGUUGCCAUAUUCGUCGUUGCAAUGGUGUUGAUCAUCGCGCUUCGUCGUCGAGCCCGCACAAGGGAUGAUGGCGUUGUUGAGAGUAAGGCAAAUGAUACAGGCGUGGGGAACGGUAUCGAGCCGUUUAACCUCCCUGCGUCUGACACCGGUGUUCCAUCGAAAUGGCACCGUUACUACUCGUCUGAUCAUGGGCAAGGUGUGGGUACGGGUGCUAUCACGACGUUCUCUCCAUCAGGAGAUAUACAUUCCGACCGCAACGAGCAAGGGCUUGUCGGUCUCGCGGCGGAUGACAGUACACGGGUCCAGGAGACGAACACCGAGUCGGACGAGCAUCUCAUCGCGGAGAUACCAACGUUGGUUCAACGAUUGAACACUCUGUGGCAGCGUCGCGGAGACGUUCCGCCUGCGUACGAGGGCUGA